UGAAUAGAAUCUGAUUUUUCAGCAGGUUGAAAAUUACCAGGUCUAAAGACCUUCCUGACCAAGGUAAAUGUAAAUCAAAUCAGAGCAUUGGAGUUUUGGGGCACAACAAUCUUGACAAAGAAGGGAAAGGGCAGAAGGUGAGCUUCAACUAGAGAAAUAUGGAAGAAUCUUUAGGCAAUCAAAUUUCUUAUUGCUUGGAGAAAUUCAAAUUUAGGAUUCAAAUCAGUGUACAUUUCUGUACUUGGUGAAUUUCUCAAGAAACAGUAGAUAAAUCUAUAGUUCAUUUCAGGUGUGGUUAAUCUUGGGAACUUGCACAAAUUUGAAGAACUUUAUGUUGCUCUAAUGUAACCCUUAAACAGGCCUUUUCCCAUAUGUUUUUAAAUCUUGUAAGCAUUUUGUGGAACUUUUUCAGGGAAAGGACAACAACGAUGCCAGAAUUAAAAGAGAACCAAAAAUUCUGACAAGGAGUCACAAAGCACCAAUUCCAAAGAUGGAUCACAAGAUUUCACCAUGGCAGUCCACAGACCUAAAGCAUGCUCAAAGGAAACAGAGGUAUGACAUCUCUAUCUCACUUAUGGUUGAAUUAUAUAAUACAACACACUGAGGUUUCAUCUUAAGUACACCCUCCCACAGUUUCAAAUAUAAACUUUUUCCCUCUAAUACUGUAACCCCUGGCAUUUCCAUUUUAGUGGUAAGCAUGAACUUCAGUCUAUGGAAUUUGCAAAACCGAGUCUAUUUUUCUCUGUACAUUGUUCUUUUAUUGCAUUUGGUGCAUGGUGCCACUGUCCCCUUUAACAGUUUUUCUGUGAGAAAUUUGUUUCACAGUUUAAAAAUAUUGGUUGUAUGGCAGUCAUUCUAUCAAAUCAUGUUCUUGGAUUUUCAUUUGGACUAAUAAUACAAAGUUAUACAGGGAGAGGAAGCCAGUCUGGCGAUGAAAGCAAAACAGAUGAUAAAGAUGGAAUCUAUCUUCAGCAAAUAUGCUGAAACGGUCAAAGAGCAGCCAUGCAGAAUGCUCACGGACAUCGGAAAGUUGGCAUUUGGCGGCCAUUCCAACAGGUGCACAACAUAGGAUCCAACAUCCAAGAGUUUAAGCGGUUGAAACACAGAUUAUGCUCUCUUUGAAUUGUGAAUACUGAGAACCAGUGUAAACAAGACAUCACUAUGUUACAGAAACUAGUUUAGGAAUGCAAAAUUAUGUUCAUUUUCAAUCCCUUCACAAGACCAAUUCGUCAAGCAAAUUCUGGGUUAAGAUAAACAGGGAACCUGUUU